AUGGCGACUGCAUCUACGUCAGCAGCUACGGCUGCUGCACCAAUGAGCGCAUCGACUCAUCUUGGCCUGCUUCCCGAGAUUCCUCGUGCAAGCUCGAUCAUCGUCAUCGGCAUGGCGGGCUCCGGCAAGUCUACCUUCACAGCAAGCUUGCACGACCACCUCCACGAAAAGUCAAAAAAACAGCAAGAUGAACGGCAACAACAACAACAGCAACAGCAGGCUGGUUCAAGCUCUGCGGUCACAUCCUCGUCGUUCGUCUCUCAGACCACGGCACCUUACAUGGUCAACCUCGAUCCCGCUGUUGGUACUCUCGGUUACGAACCUAAUGUCGACAUCCGCGAUACCGUCGACUAUGCUCGUGUCAUGGAGCAGUACAAUCUAGGCCCGAACGGUGGUAUUCUGACAGCGUUGAACCUGUUCACGACCAAGUUUGACCAGGUGUUGAACAUCCUCGAAAAGCGUGCCAAGGAAGUCGACCACAUUGUGUUGGAUACGCCAGGACAGAUCGAGAUCUUCACCUGGUCCGCAUCAGGCUCCAUUGUGACGGAUGCACUAGCAAGCUCGAUGCCCACAGUGGUAGCAUACAUCAUUGACACUCCGAGGACGACAGCACCAGCGACCUUUAUGAGCAACAUGCUCUACGCCUGCAGCAUUCUCUACAAGACCAAGCUGCCAUUCAUCUUGGUCUUCAAUAAGACCGAUGCGCAGUCGCAUCAGUUCGCUUUGGAAUGGAUGCAGGACUUUGAGAAGUUCCAAGAAGCUUUGGCAGCAGGAAAUGCGACCGACCCAUCCUCGACAGUGACACAAGAGGGCCUCAACCCAGGGGCACGUGACUACGACGCAGAAGGCAGCCAAGGAUACAUGAACAGCCUCAUGAAUAGCAUGAGUCUCGUGCUAGACGAGUUCUACAAAAACUUGAGGGCCAUUGGUGUGUCCUCAGUCACGGGUGAAGGGAUGGAAGACUUUCUAGCAGCCGUGCAGGAAGCACGUCAAGAAUACCUCAAUGACUACCGACCAGAGCUCGAACGUCUGGCCAAGGAGCGCGACGCCAAGCGUGAGAGAAGCAAGAAGGAGCAACUCGCGCGUCUCAUGAAGGACAUGAAAGUCGGUUCAAAGUCAGCGACGCCAGGAAACAGAAUAGCAACAAAGGCGGCAAGGUCGACCGAAGACUUGUCAAGACCGAUCGAUGAAGAGUACGAAGGCGAUGGGCAGAUCAUUGAACCUGACUCGGAUGAGGAGAAGCCGCACUACGAAUACCCAGGGCCAGAGUAUGAUCGAGGCGAUGGCACUGUGUGGCCUCGUCCCGGCUAG